UUAUUUCAGCAAGCCCAAAGCCACUGCCGUCUUUUUCUUUUGUGGAUGUUGUCAGGCUGUACGCAUACAGACGUUAUGCAUACUUGACGAGUCAGCGAGUCGAAGAUCAACUGUGUUGGGCUGCAGAUAUUUGAGAAAGUAUCUGCCCGUCGAUCAGGCCCAAUUGAAGUCUAAUAACGUCGUCUUUGCCGACGGCAGGACGUCGACGAUGGCUGAUCUGACGACGGGGUGUUCUUCUUCUGUUGUGGAAAGUCCAGAAGCGGAUGAAACGACAGAAAACAUUCCCCCAGGAGUAACGCCACCAGCUAAGAGGCACUAUUUGGAUGAGCGUGACUUCCCAGAUCUCAGUCUCCUUGAAGUCACAGAAAAUGACAACACGCAUCAUCGCACAAUGGAGGAGAUCUCGCUACUGAAAAACCUGGAAAUCAUGAACAGCAACUCUAAAUUGGCUUCCUUCCAGACGCCAAGGACGGAGGGAAAAGCGAACGGCAGCCAAGCACGCAAACCGGAGACAAAUGCUUCCAUCUUCUGGUUGUACAAUGAGAGCUUACCGGACUGUACCGAUUACUCAUUUGAUUCCUUCAUGGAGCAGAGUGUAAACUUCACUGUCAACGUAUCUCCUUCCGACAUGCAAUUGCUUUGCAGCGGUGCACCGAAGGCGAGCGUUGAGUCGAAUUUAGCAAGGGCGGCAACCCUUGAUGAAUCGUCCAAGCCUUCCCCCUUAGCCGCAUCGCAGCUCAGCUUCACGCAAAGCAACGAAUGCGAUGCGUCAACAUCCCAGGAUAAAGAUCCCUCCCUGGGGAGAGGACCUGCGGAACAGGACGGCCUGCCCUCUGGCAACACAGCUGAGUGUACGACCGGCGCGAUGGGAGAUGCCAGCACAAUUUCUCACUCGCCGGACCACGGCCACCACGACACCUUCGAGGUUUGCGUCAAAGGUGUCGUGGAGACUCCUCCCUCUCAGGCGAAUGGAGCUCUGUCAGAAAGCAACGCCAGCGACAUUCGGCACAACACCUUUGAGGCGAAACCUCCCUGUUGGGCCGGCGGAACGAUAACGUUGUCAGACAGCAGUUCCGCCGACCGCCACCACGAGACCUUUGAUGCCAAGCUUCCGUCUGCAUCUAGUGGAACCGUAACGCCGCCGCAAAGCAGUUUGAGUGACAGUCACCACAACACCUUUGAUGUUAAACCGCCAUCUCACUGCAACGGGGGCAAAAGCAGCUCUUGGGAUACCUUUGAUGGAAAUCCUCCCUCUCAGUCGACGAGCACGUUAUCGAUGUCAGAAAAGGGUCCGAACAACUGUUGCCGUGAUACCUGCGAUGCGGAAGCGCCUCGAUCCAGUCGCGAGACGGCCUUGCCCGACACAACCUCAAACGGCGCCCCGGAGACGAACCCGCACUCUCAGGACGAUGGCACAGUGAGCACGCCGGGGAGGAGCUCCGGUAACAGUUGCUGCCGCACUUUGGAUGCGAAGCCUCCCUCUCAGUCCAGCGGCACCUUCACCAUGCUGGAAAGCAGCUCAAGUCACGGCCUUCAAAACACCUUUGACGCUCAACUUCCCAAGUCGCACGGCACCUUCACCAUGUCAGAAAGCUACUCAAGUGACGACCGGCCUGGAAAACCGAGCGCGUCGGCGAGCCAGUUGAGUGACGGUCACCGAAACGCCUUUGACGCGCCGAGGAGCUCAAGCGACAGUCGUUCAAAUGCCUCGGGCGCCGCACGUCCCGCUUCCAAUGGCACGAUAAGCAUGUCCCAAAGCCUCUCGGGAGAGGUUUGCCACGACACGUUUGAUGCCAAGCCUCCUUCCGAACCCAAUGGCGCAAACGUCACGUCCGGAAGCCGUUCUCGUGACUGUCAGCCCAACACCCUCGACCCGAGUCCUCCCCCUGGCCCCAGCAGCGCGGACGGCAAUGCUGACGCCGGGGCGGUCGAGCCGCCUCAAGGCGUGCUUGAUGCCAAUCUUGGCGAAGCAUCAGCAUCCAGGGCGGCGCGACGUGAGGCCAAGCAUCAUUCCACGUUGCCGACCCACGACCAAAGCUUGGAUGCCGAUAACAACAGCAGAGGCUUUAAUUUUGACGACACGCUCGAUUUAAGGCACGGAAAUUUCGUCACGUCAACGCCGUUGACCAAUUGUAAAAUGACCUUCUGCGCCUCGCCAGAUGAGAGCAAAUUGCUGGCGUCUUCCCAAAAACCCGACGGGGAGACCGUCGGUAGGCCAGAAGUUCAGGCGACACCCGACGUUGCCUCGGAAAUCUGUACUCCAAAAAUAUUCCCGGCCGCCAAAUCGCUGCCGCCUUUCUCCAAAGCGCCAUCGCUGCUGCAGAAGUUCAAGCCGUUGACGUUGCUUCCAAGACGAGGCGCCGUGCCGCCUUCGGGUCUCCAUUUGCCAAAACCAAGUUUGGCUACUCGCACGCUUCAGGAGAGCUCAGCAGUGUCCAGCUCAUACAAGCUGCGAUCCACAACCACAGGAUUGAGGCCAGCCGCGCAGCAGCCGAAGACGGGAGCGGAGAAGCCACAGAUAACCGGAGGACCAUCGGGCAUCCCCAAAGGGCCCCCACUUCUCCGGCCGCCAUCAACGAGAAGCAGCGUGCUGGCUUCAAGUGCUGAUAAGAAACCGUCUAAUUCUGCAGUUCCCGUUCUCCAAACCAGGAAGCGCGACUUGAGCAGAGAUGCGCAAUUAGUUGUGAAGAAGAAGGCAAAGACGGAUGUCCCCGCAGCGUCCAGUGCCAUUGUAGCACCGAGGCCUUCCGUCGAUGCGUCGAGCGCCGUGAAAAGCUUGAGACCGACGUCUAAAACGGCAAAAGACGAUGCUGCAGUGUCUUCAGCAGCUAGAAAUGCCGCCAGCAGAACCAAAAUCCUAAAACCACCGGUGAAGAGUCAGAGAACUCACUUGGUCAAAGGUUCAGGUUGUGCUAAAUGCGUGGUGCUGUAAGCUGAAAUACAGCGACUGAAAGAGGAACUACAAAGGCACAAGGAAGAAAAGGAUGUGUGAAAAUGCACUGAAAUAAACUUGCCAUUGUGGCACUGUGAAUGUUAAUGUAUUUUAAACAUUGUAUGUACAAUAAUAAAAUUGGUGUGACAUUGCA